CUGGAAACACAUAGCUCCUUACGUAAGCACCAUGAAUAUUAUUCUUGACAAAUCUCUUGUGCGUAAUUUGUCAAUGCGUUUGUCUCGAAGUUAUUAUAGCAGACCCCCAACCUACAGUAGCUCCAUGGCCAACUUCUCUUCGUUGAGAUAUGAACAACUGAUUCCUGAAAACCUUGUUGAGAUGAAUGAUGAGGAAUGUUCUGAAAUCAUUGAAGGGAAUAGAGAAAAUGCUCUGGAAUCUUCAAAUGAGAAUCAAGAUCCAUCAGAUCCAGUUCCAGUCGAAGAAGACAAUGCUACCGGGCCAUGGUGGUCGAGGGUAUGCUGUGCGGCAAAACAUCCGAUUCCAACUCCUGUGGCUGAACCGGACCAUGACAAUGAAGAAGUCGUGGUCCCGGUAACUGAAGAAAUGAAACGAAAGAAGGACCUAUGCGUACAGAACUGGAUGGAAUUGAUCGAAUUGGAUACCGAGGUGAUUCCGGUCAUCGAGAUCCCCCCAACCCCUGAACCGAUCGAGCCGAAUGUAGAGCCGACGACGCCCUUACCGGUAUCGAGAAGGUGUGACAUCCCUAUGGUCUUCAGCAGAGAUGAAAAGUCUGCAUUUUCUCGAGGCACCCACCAAUAUUAUCGCAGCAGCUGGAGGUUGAAACCUUCAGUUAUUGGUGCCCCUGAAACUGUGGGAUACUCCGAGUGAUGUUUCUGACUUAAGUUAUCUUAUACUUUUCUAAGACUAAGUUUUAUUUACCUACUGUAUGUAAGAAUAUAUAUUUAUUAUACCAGAAGAUAUUAACAGCUUAGACAAAUAAGCAUAUAUAAAAAAUAUGUUCAAACUUUGUAGCUUAUUAACUUUAAUUUAUAUCAUUUAUUCUAUGUAUCAUAACCAUUUAUUUAUAUAAUUGUCUUAUAGUGCCAAUGUAUUGAUUAUAAUUGUGUUUUAAAAACUGAUUCUUAAACAUUUAUAUUAUUUGUAAUAUUUUAAACAAUUACUUCAAGACAUGUUUUACGUUUAGAUGUUGAAAUGUUUCGCAAUAAUUAUAUUAUAUAUAUUAUAUGUUCUCAUUGUUUGAUUUAUAGAAAAAU